UCCCCACAUCUUUUACUCUUUUAAGUUCUCUCCGUUCCUCUUCUGAUCCAUAGUCACAGCAAGUUCAACCACAUUUCUCUGUGACUUUCUUCUUCUAGUUAUACUUCUGCUCUGUGUUUACUUCCCCAAAAUGAGGACAAUCAUGGCAGCCAAGACCCCUCAUGACUCCUCCUUCUCAUUUUCCAGAAGGUACUUCUGGAAAAAGAAGGUCGACGAUGAUGAAGACGACGAUCACGAAGUCCUCAACUUCAGCUCCUACUCACACUUCUCCGAGGAAGAGAAAGAAGAGGAGCUGGCCCGGAACAUCCAUAUGUCAACAGCAACCGAUCAGAUUGUUGCAUCAGUCUUACCUGAAGUGCCACGCAAAAAAUACUCACUGGUCUCAGUCUCUAAGCUCCGGUCAGCUCUUUUCGGCAAGAGCCGUGCUGGCUCUCGCUCCGGUUUAAUGGGCACGCUUUUCGGGUAUCGCCGCGGCCAUGUUCACUUGGCAUUUCAGGAGGAUCCCAAGCUGAACCCUACGUUUCUCAUCGAGCUGGCUACGCCAACUAGUGUUCUGGUUCGAGAAAUGGCUUCAGGGUUGGUCAGAAUUGCGUUGGAGUGUGAGAAGAAGACUGAUCAUAAGAAGAAGGGGCUGAAGUUGCUGGAGGAGCCGCUGUGGAGGACUUACUGCAAUGGCAAGAAGUGUGGUUUCGCUAUGAGGCGAGAUUGUGGUCCAGAGGAGUGGAAGGUGCUGAAAGCCCUGGAGCCGGUUUCAAUGGGGGCUGGGGUUUUACCUGGGAAUGAAGAUGGAGCAGGAUCUGAAGGUGAGCUCAUGUACAUGAGAGCCAAGUUUGAGAGAGUUGUGGGGUCUAAGGACUCAGAGGCCUUCUACAUGAUGAACCCAGAUGGUUCUGCUGGUCCUGAACUCAGUGUUUACUUGCUUAGAGUCUAGUUUGGCUAUGAAGAGCAACAACAUCAUCAUCCACUCUACUUGUUAAGUCAUGGAGCACUGGAAAGUUGGAGGUUCAGUUUGUCCUUGAUUGUGUCCCUCUUUUUUGUUCAUUUUGGAGCUAAUUAAUGAUU